AUGCUCAGGAGCCAGGCUGCCACGGAGGGUGUCGCCAGGCAGGAGGGUGAGCUGCGCCUCACAGCCAGCAGCACAUCCCGCCUCACCUGCACACCUGAGACUGCGCAGAAUGCUGCCCUGCAAGAGGAAUCUGAGCUGAGCUGCACCUGGAACAUCAAGGCAGCCGGAACAGCACCGCUGAAGACGCUCAGGAGAGAGGAUGCCGGAGCUGCUGCACGAAGCAGCGAGGACGGCGGGAGGAGCGUGUUCACAGCGAGGCAGGACUUUGAGGAGGAGGACUGGCAACGUGUCCUUUACUGUCACAAUUUCCAAAGACGGAAACAGUCUGUGUUUCUUGACGACACCUGUGAAAGCGACUGGCACCCAUCAGCGGGUGCCCUGGCCAGCUCCUCCCCCACUGCCUGCGUGCAAGAUUCUGCUUCACCCCGGCACCCGGGACCCUCGCUGCGUGUCCAGCUCCUGCCACUGCUUCCCUUGCCCAAUGGAGUUUCUGGACCUGGCUUCAGGUCAGAUUCACUCAAGCUCGGAUUCACUCGGAGUCACCCAUGUGGAGAGAAGCUGGGGACAGAGCCGGGUGGGACGACCUUGGCCUGGGCCCUGCACCUUGCUUUGGGAAGCCCGCUACAAAGGAGUGCAAUACUGAGUCCAACUCUACCCCAGAAGCACCUGCUGCUGACACUGAAGAGAAGUAGAGUGGUGAAGAGAAGGGGUCUGAGUCUGGUUCACAUCCGGCCGUGCUUUGAGCUUGAGGUUCUUACGUAUCAAGUGUUCAGGGUCCCCUCGGUGGGAUGGGAACGAACAGCAUUCUCUCUCUCACAGACUUCACACAGGUGCUCAGCACAGUUCUUGGUCUACAGCUCAGCAGGGGAAGUAGCUACUCACAGCAGCGAUGGACAGGGAGUGGGGCUUUUGGUGCUGUUAUUACGGGUAUUUAGAAGCCCCACUGAGGCAAGAGCUACACGAUUAAACAGUCACACCUCAGGGGUCAGGCGGCAAAGAGUCUGGCGAGGCCACCAGGACUUGGGAACGGCGGCUGCCCGCGGGUGUGAAGGGAGAGCCCCAGCCCCGGACUUGUUCCAGAGACAGUCCCUCGGCAACAGUGUCAUCAAACAAAGGGAGGACAGUGCGUGGAGCCCACGAGGGGUGGAGGAGGACCGGGACGAGGAAAGUGCGUGGAGCCCACGAGGGGUGGAGGAGGACAGGGAUGAUCAGCGCCGGCUGGCCUGCCCUGUUCCUGUUGAUUUUCAUGUGGGUGACAGUGGGGCAAGGACCCCUGCUCGUGCCUGGUGUUUCCAGGAGCCGUGGCACCAUGGGGAGGGGAAACCCUUUGGUUCGGACAGAGCUAAUGGAAGUGGGUUGUGUUCAGGGCGCCCGGUCAUGCAGGGCAGUUUCCUCUCUGUUGGCCUCAGUGUGGAAACGGGUGCCUGCUUAUCACAUAAUAAAAACACCCUUGAGGACAAAUGCUGCACCACUGACUUUCCAGCCUCUUUGAAGAAUUCCCCAAGUGUUGAGGGACUUUGGAAUUAGACUGAGAAGCUUACAUAAUGACUAAUUUGGUUGCUGCUCGCUGUGCCCCCAGAAGACGGGAUUUGUCUGGAUUUUUCCGGGCGUUGCAGAUAGGGAGGUGUGGCCGACCUUCUACAGAGCCCAGACUCCCAAAAGUGAGGAUGUUACUGGAAGGAAGACUGCCUGGGAAAGUAGGAGACUCCGCGACUGUCACUGCGAAUCAGCUUUCUGCGUGUGGGCGGCUCCCCCCACGCCCGGCAGGCCUCGACCCCUCGAUCCUGAGAAGCCCUCAGAGUUCUGGUGAAAUCCCAUCACACAGUGCGAGUGCCUGCUUUCAGGUGGUCCCAGAGUCCACGUUUCAUUUCUCCCGAGUCACCAAAUGAUGCAAAUUAAUUUUGUUUUUUGUUCUCACCUCCUGCCAAAGCUGUUCCAAUAGGUGUUUGCUCCCAUUCCUCAUAGUCUUGCUGGAACCGUGGUACCGAAGACUGAGGUCUGGGUAUUCUAACAGCACUACAGCCCUUGCCUUGUGGAAUAGUGCAUUUUGAACCAAGGUGACAUGUUGCAUAGCUUUCUGUGCCCAUGAAAAUAAAUGGCAUAAAAUUUCCACUGUGGGUGGGAGAGGUUAUUGUUCAGUACAACCCGACCGGGGCCUUGCGACCUCAUUGUGAGUGCUGUGUUAUGCCAGGAACCUGUGUCUACCUCACACGUCCUCGUGUGGCGCAGACAGGAUGACUGUUCUUUUCCUGAAGGAACCACAUGUUAAGAAUGAUGCUUAUGAAAAUAGCACCCACACUGCUCAUGGUCCUGGGUUCAAAUCUCCUUUAGAUUGGAAGGAGCUGAGCAGGGUGACCAUACUCACCGUCCCCAUUCCCAUGCUGCUCCGCUCCUGCUGGGUCUCACAUUCCUCGACCCAGCUCACACAGCUCAGCUUCCGAGGAGCUCCCUGCAAGGUGGGAGCUGUGCUGAGGGGCUAGGCCGGGUGCGGGCACAUGGACUGGUCAGGCUGACAAGCGGCUUGGUGCUCAGUCUGAGAGAUCUGGCCACAUGGCUGAGCACCCUGGAUGGGCGUGGGCACAGCCACCCUCCCCGUGGCCCAGGCCGAGGGUCAUGUACUCAGGCAGAGCCGAGGCCGCUUCUCUUUCUCCUGUGCAGACAGCUGUGACCCUGCAAGAGGGGCUUGGAGAGAAGAGGUCGCAAGAGAGCGCUUCACACAGUCGCACCGGAGCUAGAGCCAGGCCUUGGUGUUGUCUACACUGUACCUGGACCUGCAUGUCAGGACCUCCGUGUUCCUACAGAGUCAGGGACCAAGCUGGAGAGGGACCUGGCUCGGGGUCUGGCUUCAGUGUGCAAAAGUGCAGAGGGCAGGGGUCUGAGCUCUCAGUCUACGUGGCUCCACUGGCCAGGUAAGCACCCAGGUUAGGACCUAUGCACAUUUUUAGAGAGAUCUUAGGCCUUUGUUGAAACAAACGCUUCUUCCUUUGGGGCCGAAAUAUAACCCAUGUGCGGUGGGAGUGACUCGGGAACUCACCUGAUCGUUCCGUGUUUUGCCUAUUUCACCAACUUGCUUGAAGACAGAGCCUUGGCAGCCUAAGCACAAAGAAUCUUCAAGAUGGAAGAGAGGAGUAAGGCAAGCGGUGUGCUUGUGGGCUCUGCGAAGCCACAGGAAGGCACAGGGAAAGCUACGGGGACAGAGACAGAGGCUGGAGUGACAUGCUGGGAGCCAAGAGGCACUGGGGGCAGUCGGCAUCCACAGGGGCCCCGGUGGCUUCUCCCUUGGUAGCUCCUACCCAGACCCUCAGCAGACACCCUCACCUGCACUAUGGACACCCUGACCAGCACUGGGGACACCCUGACCUGCACUGCAGAUGCCCUGACCUGCACUAUGGACAC